AUGUUAAAGAUUGCAAAUCUGUUGCGUAAUCCAAUAUCAGAAUCAUUAGCAUCACAAAUUCAAGAUUUGAACUGCGAUCUUCCAAAAUUUUUCGAAUUUAAGAAGAAUUUACUUAACGACAACGAUAUAACAUAUGUUCCAAAAGGUACCAAAUGUACACUCUCAUUUGCUGAGACAAUUAUUUGUAUGGGAGGGAAACCUCCUCGAAUCAUUCCGAAGAAUCCUAAUAAUUCAUGUGUAUACCAAGUAAAUAGCAAUAAUGAGCAACUCAAUUCCAAAGAAAAACAAUCCUAUAAUCGAAUAUUAAAGAAAUCUGAUAAUAAAUAUCAAAAAAUUAAUGAAAUUCAAGAAAUUCAAAAUUUGGAUGAGGAAAAUGAUCAAAAGUGGGUGUAUCAAGAUUAUGAUCAUUCGUACGAUCCAAUACCAAAAAUUAACAAUGAUUACAUUUAUUAUUUUGAAAACAAAAGCCAGAAAAAGGAAAUAGGAUUGAAUGACGAAUACUAUUAUCCUGUCAUUGCAUUUCGCGGUGUAUACAGCGAUCGUGUGUUCUUUUUCUAUGGCCCAAGUCUCUUUGUAGUUUCAAAUACAAAACAAAUUGCUGAUGCACAAAUGUUUGUCUCUCGAUAUUCUUACGGUCCUUUCUACUUGAGUUCUGAAUUUAGAUCUCCAUCGAACAGAAGAGAGAAAAAACUUGUUCGACAAAUGAAGAAGUUUUUCAAGAAAGACUGUAUAUAUCAACAAAAUCCAGCAAUCUACCCCAACAUUGCAGAAUCUGGAUUAUCCGCAUAUGGAAUUGACACAGCAGCUUAUUACAUUUAUGAUUUUGUUCCUAUGGGUGAUGUUAUAAAUACAAAACAAAUUGUUGAGGAUUUUAUAAAUUCCAGAUUAACCCUUACUCGGGCUUUGUAA